AAAGGUGUCGACAGCGCGAAAGUGUGUCCAUACUUGUUAUAUUUCUACGCUGCUAUGUCUAAGAAGCACGACAAGGUGGACAACGGCAUCGUCGCCGUGAAGAGCAAAUUCGACGCCGACAUCAUCAGAUUUUCCAUCAAUCGUAACGAGCCUGUGAGUUACGAGGAAUUUGGCAAACUUUUGGCGCAACGGCAUGAUUUAGGGGCAGAUUUUAACUUUUUAAUUUGGUAUACGGAUACAGAUGGUGAUCUACUUCCCAUCAAUAAUGAUAACAAUCUGGCUAGAGCUCUAUUGGCCACCAGGUGUCUGCUCCGAAUUUUUAUACAGAGAAAAGGUGACGGAGCAUGGGACAAUGGAUAUGGGACAAUAAAACCCAAAAAUCUGAUAUCCAGUAUCCUGGGUGGUACGCCAGGAAAGCCAAAAUCUAUUGCUAUUUCAAAUCCACAUGAUUUUAGGCAGGUGUCCGCAAUUAUUGAUGUCGACAUACUGCCAGAAACUUGUCGACGUGUACGUCUUUUGAAACAUGGUUCUGAUAAGCCUCUAGGAUUUUACAUUAAAGAUGGUGAAAGCUUUCGCAUAUUGCCAUCGUCAGCUGGAGGGGGAAUUGAGAAAGUUCCAGGUGUGUUUAUCAGCAGAUUGGUACCAGGUGGUUUAGCAGAGAGCACAGGACUUCUAGCUGUAAAUGAUGAGGUCCUGGAAGUGAAUGGAAUAGAGGUUGCAGGAAAAACACUUGAUCAGGUGACGGAUAUGAUGAUAGCGAAUUCUUCCAAUCUCAUUAUAACUGUCAAACCGGCAAAUCAGAGGGCAGCGUUGGCUGCACCUCGCCGCGGUUCGUUCUCACGUAAUAGUCAAUUGUCUUCGGGAAGUCAUCAGUCCACGCAAAGCGCUGGUAGCGAUGAGGAGGCGGAUGAGAUUGUCGAUCUUACAGGUUUGACAAUGCAGGACGACGCCUCGGCGUCGUCUGCUCAACACCAUCACUAUCACCAUCAUCACCAUCAUCAAAAUUACAGUCACGAUCAGGGUGUUUUACAUCUCUAGAUUGAUAAUGAUUAAUUUCAAGGAUUACCUUGGAUAACGGAUGGUCGCGCAUAACGAAAGCUGAGUCACAAUUUUGAUCUAUAGCAAAAUUUACAUAUCCUAAAUUAAAAAUUUUUAUGAAUUAUAAUCUAGGAUAUAUACAUAUAUAUUUAUAUAUACGUGUCCCAAAGCAUCCUUUACAACGCUUGUGAGUAGGUAGAGCAUAGAAAACUGAACAGAAAAGUCUUAUACUAUUUUACGAAAUUCACACUUUUUAUUGAGUUAGUAAUUAAAAUAUCUAAGCAAAUAAGCGGGAUGGCUUAUACCUAAGCGGUAUAAACAAAUAAGCCAUCCGACAUGCCCACUUAGAUAUUUUAAUUACUAACUCAAUAAACAUUGCAAAUUUCGGAAAAUGGUAUAAGACUUUUCUGAUCAGUUUUCUGUGGCUCUAUCUGCUCACGAGCGUUGUAAAGGAUGCUUUGUAUAUACAUAUAUAUAUAUAUAUAUAUAAAAUUUUCAAA